ACUUCCCACAACGGGAGGUGCCUUACGCAAGGAGAGGAGGAGCUCUAAAUGGGGUCAAAAGAAACCAAUAAUCAAGAAAACCGCAAAAACUGUGACUUUGUAGAAGUAAAGGAGAAGCAUAGCAGACGAGACAAAUAGAAAAGGGAGGAGCGCGUGAAUGGAAAAGACAUGAGUACAGAAGGAAAUCAGAGUAUGAGUGGAGAAGGAGUGGAGGACACAAAACCUGCCCAGUCUGGGUGGAAGCAAUUCCAGUGCCCCAUAGCUGAUCCACGCUUUCCUAGGGAAGAUAUAAAGCAGAUAUGGAAGGAGUGUCAGUACGAGAGCUUCUGGUAUCGAGCUCUUCCACUGUCUGCCAGCAGCAUGGCUGUGACUGGUGGCCUCAUAUAUAGCGGUGUCUGGAAAAAAUCCAAGCGAUUUGGGUAUUUCCCUAAACUCCUUUGUAAGUCUCUAUUGAAUAAUAAUUUCCCAUCUCAUAUUAUUAUGCAUGUGCCCGCGGGCACCACGUUGGAGACCACUGCUGUAGGCAAAGCUUCCUAUGUUGGGACCUGCAGAGAAAAGUUUAACAAUAAACUGGGACCAGAUUUCGCCAGAGGAUUUGGUCCGACUCCUCCUGGAUUUGGACCUAGUGGCUAUAAACCUGGACAGAAACACUGCAGCCAUGUGUGUGAGAAAUGCAAACAAGAAGAAGCACAAGCCGCAGCAACAGCGCCUGAUGCACCCACUCAGAGCUGAGGGUCUCUGAGAUCCACAGGACAUCAUUCGUUACCUCGUCUUUUUUUUUUUUAAUAAAAUAAAUCACUAAAUAAAACAGAAA